UCUGAAUGAUGCAGUGCACAUGCCAUGGUGUACAUGUGGAGAUCAGAGAAAACUUUGUAGAACCAGUUCUCUUCUGUUGCCUUUACGUGGGUCUGGAGAUAGAACUCAGGUUGCCAGGUUUGCACAGCUAAUACUCUCAUCCAUGGGAUCAUCUUGCUGGCCCAUAGUUAGUUAUUAAGGCUGAGCAAUAGGUAGGCAUUUGUUUUUCAUUAUUUCAUACUUUUCAAUACCCUGGUCAUUUUCAUAACAAAAAGUCAAAUGAUUUAGACUGAAUGAUAUCUGAGGACACACUCAUGACUGAAGAGUACAGUGAUUGUUACGAAGGCUAAUAUCAAACUCUAGCAUCAGAUUGCCGAUUAGUAUGAAAAAAUAAAGUGUGAAGUUAAUUCAGGGAGAAUUUUGACUCCUGAUCUAAAGGAACUAACAUUAGCUUGACUGGCAGCAGCACAGUGCUCAUGUUUGGUAACAUUUUACCUGAUGAUGACUUGAGAGCACGAGCUAGCAAGAGCAGUGGUAUUGCCCCUAAAAUGUAAAAGUAUCAAAACAGUAUAAAAGAGUAACAAACAUAUCCAUUUCUGCCUUUGAAAUUUUAUACACGUCCAAGCUCUCUCUGCAUGGCUGGGCACUCUCUGCAGUUUCCAGGGUCCACUGGGUGUCUUGGGAUGUUUCCCCUGGGACUAAGGGAGAACACUGUAUUUUUUUUGUAACCCUUGCUAUGAAUGUGAUGAUGGCAGGAAAUGAGCUUCCUGUAGUAAUCCUUCCAUUGCCAUCUGCACCUGUUCCUUGUUUUUGUAUCUCUGGGACAAAAUAACUCAUAGAUGCACUUUAGGGGAGGAAACUUUACUGUAGCUCAUGGUUUCAGCCCAUCACAGAGGGGAGGGCAUGGCAGAGCCGCACACUUCGUGGUGGCAGGAAUGUGUGGCGGAGGCUAUGCAUUUCAUGGCAGACCAGAAAUCAAAGGCAGAAUCCUGAGGACAGACACAGUUUUUAAAGGUCCCUGAUGACUGACUUCUUCUGACAAGCAGGUUCCACCUCCCAAAGUUCUACAUCCUCCCAAGUCGUGCCACCAGCAAGGGGAUGUAUCAGGGUCCGUCCACAGUAUUUCACAGUUAUUAAAGAGACUCAGAUAAUAAGAAAACAACCUACUAACUUAGUUUGGACUUAUUUCCACUCUUUUAUUAUUAGGUUACUUACUCUCUUGUAAAAUGAUGACAGAUGUUCAGGGACAAGGUUUUUUUUUUUUUUUUUUUUUUUUUGGUCAGAGAUUUACAGAUUGAAAUGUCUUCUAAGUUUAAUGUCAAUCUUAGGAAUGAAAGAUUUUGUGGUUGAGGUGAUGAUGAUAGCUGUCAUUUACUGAGGUUCUUGUCUAUUCUAUGCCCUGCGAUGGUUUUAUUACACACAGUGCUUUUACACUCACUCACAUGAUUACUUUUUCUGUGUUGAGAUUACCAAACUGAAACUCAGUUUAACUCAACUAAAUCACACUAUUUGUAUGUCUCACGGUUAAACAUUGAGUUCAGUUGUAUUUAGAUUAAUUUCCCUGAUUGUGUAUAUAGAUUUUGAAAUUGAACAUAUUUUUAAAAGUAUAUAUUUAUGCAUUUCUGCAAAAGGGAAGUUCGUGGCUUAAGAUGGCAUUUUAAAGAGAAGGAAUUAACUAAUUUGGAUGAUUGAAGUUACAUUGUUGUUGUAUUUAAUGGUACAGAGUAUGUUUCGGCAUAAAAUCUUAUGUUUUCUAGUCAGCUGGAUCUGUUCUGUUUAAAGUGUUUAGAGAGGGCCAUUUUAAUUCUUCAAUUUUUAUAUUGUUGUGAAAUGAAUUUGCUCUGGUAUUCUUAACACUGUUUGUCCUGAACAUAGACCUUGAAUUGAAGCACAUAUCAGUGUCUAUGAACCCAUGAACUAUGAAUGACCUCCAAUAAGGAAAGGAAUUGUUGUUCAGAGUUAAUUAUCUUAGAACAAGGAACACCUACAAAGAUUCAGAGGUGGGUGUGAUGAUUCCCGUCUUUAAUCCCAACACUUGAGAAACAGAGGCAGGAGAAUCUCUGAGUUUCCGGUCAGCCUGGUUUAUGUAUUGAGUUUCAGGCCUGCCAGAGAGCCACACAGUCAGACUCUGAGUCAGUAACCUCCCCUAUACCAAAGAGAAUUAAAGACAUAAAUAAUGUCACAUUAGAAUUCAUGCUGAGCCCAUAGGAAAAGAUAGAUGUUUAUACAUUUUAUAUUCCACUCUGUACACUGUAAGAAAACUUUCAGUUAUUGGAAACAGAAGGAUCCUGGUGUAACUUUGCCUUGUGUUAUAAUUAUUUGAUUCAGUGGUAUUACUUAACCCAUGCACUGUUCUCAUUUGUUGCAGAUAUUUCAUCACACUGUAAACUCACCUAUUUUCUGAAAAAAAAAAAAUGGUUUCUAGUUGUGGUGAGGCUCAGUCCUUUGCAUGCUAGGUAAAGUUCGUUUGUAGAAGGAAGCUCCCAUGUUUGAAAGCGAUGUCUAAUUGACUGGCAGUCAGAGUGAUGAAUCAGAAAGAUUUGACAGAAUAGAAUGUGCCCAACUCUCAUGAGAAGAGAGAGGCCUAAGAAGGAGAGGAGCAGACUGAGAGGAGAAGGAAGGAAGCAGUUUUAUUGGGAUACAGGUUGAAGGGUGGACAGGUUAGCACAGGUGAAGACAGAAUGAGGCAGAGAAUGAGGACUCCAGUGGUUAGAACAGAGUACCAGGGUUAGUUUGAGGCCAAGCAGAGCAAAAAAGUCAGAGGUCAAGAGAGAAAACAGGUUGAAUCAGUCAGCCAGGAGAGGAGUUUGAUCCAGAACAGCUGAGUUCAACCAGUGCAGUUUGAAAUUGGGAAAAAACAAAAACCAAAAACCUCUGAUAUUAGGUCAAAGCUGUCCUUGGAGGUGUACCUGAAGCCUAUGGGAUAAAGAGCAUUGAGAUUCUUAAACUGUAGAAAGACCUAAUAGGCAGUUUCCAGAAUGGCUUUAUGUAAGCUAGCUGCCAUUGCCUUAUGUGUAAAGCCUGUCCACAGUUUACUUUCUCAUGUUGAAAGGACGUGCAGGAGGGAGGAAAAUCAGCUGUGAUGCCAACAAGCAAAAGAAGGAUUAGAAGGAAAAUUCAUUAUGAUUGGGAAUUGUUUAGAAAUAAGAGAGAACUAGAUCCUGCAUGAAAUAAGUGUAGAAACGCAGCCGUCUCUUAAGGGACAUACACAGAAUUUGGGAAUUUGCAUUGUUUCUUUGCAGGGACAAUGUAACCUGUAAGAUAAAGUGUAGCUUACUUUCCUGGAGGCAAGGCUAUUGUGUCAGUGAUGCCCCCAGUGGGAGGUCUGAGCAUCUGCGCAGACGCCUUUCUCUGAGUGUGGACCUGUGUGUGCGUCCUACCCUUUGCCUCUGUUUCCCCCCUCUGCCUUCAUCGUAUUUCUGCUUGCCUGCUCCCAUCGAGAUCAUGAAGCGGCUGCUUCGUCCUCUUAACUGCGUAUUGCUCCCGGUGGCUUUUCAGUGCGGUCAUCAAGUCAUUCAGUGCGGUCAACAGUCAGGUGCUGGUUUGGAUGUCCCCUUUGCUCUUAUGAAGGAAGCAUAUUACAGUGGUGUUUCUGCUUAUCUCUGUAUCUACCUGCGAGACUGCUGGGCCAAAGAGGUCCCUAUUGAUGGAUUUUGCCAAGUCUUCCUGCAUAGAGAUUUGUACCAGUUUAAACUCUGACCUGCACGCAUAUUGAUUUUCCCUUAUCUUUCAGUUUGUUAGGAGCUUUCCACGUUUUUUGAAAUUAGAAUACAAUUACACAAUUUUUCCCUUCUUUUCUUCCUUCCAGUCCUUCCUUUGUACCCUCUUGCUCUCUGAAGUUCAUGACCUUUUUCUUUAAUUGUAUACACACACACACACACACACACACACACACACACACACACACACACACAGAGAGAGAGAGAGAGAGAGUUUGGGAGCUCUUCCUAGGAAGCGAGUUCUCCUUCUCCCAGCACCACUUAGGUGCCUGUAGUUCUUUGUUCAGGCUCAGCGUCCCCAUGAGGUAGCUCCCAUCCACGUUAGGAUGUGGCAGUGUCAUCCUUGAUUAGGUCUCGUACAGGCAGUCAUGCUGAUGGAACCUCAUGGGUCUAGCUUCUCUGACAUUUUAGGAGACACGAUCUUACGGCAACUUCCCGUUCCUCUGUCUCCUACCCCCUUUGGCCUCCUUCCUGCAUUACGAACUCUGCACCUGACUUAUGGGAGUUGUGUUGUAGAUGGAUCCGUUGGUCUGGGUAUCAUGUGGUUCCUUGUUCUAUGUUUUGAUUGGCUGUGGUUUUCUAUAUUGAUCUCCAUUGUAGAGAGACUUUUUUUUUUUUUUUAAAUGAGGGAAUGAGACCUACACUUACCUGAGAGGAUAAGAAUAAAUAUGGAGAAUGUGGUUAGGAGUUAGGCUGGUUUAGUAAAGGUGUGGUUGUAGGUUCCCCUCAAAGAUGCAUGAUUUCACUAGCCCCAGGAGGUAGUUAGGUUUUCAGUACUAGGCAUGAUUUCUGAUUGUCGAGGAGGACUUACGUCCAGUUAGAGAGCUGUGAGUGCUAAGGUGUGUUUGCACUAUGGCACUAUUAGGAGCAGUGUACCAUGCUGGUCAUUGUUGAGGUUCAUAGACGUCGUAGCUCACAGGGGUUAACGGGUGAUUUUCUUCUUUGAACGCUCGCAUGGUAUCUUCUGGUAUUAAAGCUAGUCCUCAGGGAGAAGGUUUUCAGGUCCAGUUGUAAUCUUCCAGGUCCUGGGUCUAAAAUAUGUGGCGUCUUGAGCCGUAGAGAACUACAUUCUACUUCUAGGAGGCAACCGAGGGCAGUAUCAAUACCUUAUAGUAUUUUGGGAAUCUUUUGAAUUCCUCUAAUCCACCUCUAAGGGUGUUCUCGUGCCCGAGGUAGGGAUUUUUGUUGGUCUAUGCCUUGUCCCCCCACAGAGUUUCACUGUGGAGCCGUGGACAGCUUGGAACACAUAGUGGUCUGUCCGCGUCUGCCUUCUGAGUGCUGGGAUUAAGGUGUGUACUUCUGAACCUUACUAAAAAUACUUAGAAACCUUGCUGACGAGUCCUCUUCUUAUGGAAUGAGGUUGUCCUGUAGGUUACUCUGGUUAGUGCCCUUUUUACCAAUUUGUCUUCUGCACUAUUGAAUCUGAUUUAUAUCUAAAGAAUUAACCAGCUCUGAUACGCUUUUCUUACCUUCUCAUUUAACAUUUUGGCUGAGUUUAUGUUUUGUUAUCAUUGUUAUAGAACAUAAACACAUUUUCUUCUCUCUUUCCCUCUGCUUGCCCCCCUGCCCCAGCACAUGUGUGUACAGAUGUGGUCAUUACCGUGUUCAUGUGUGGAGGCCAGUUUUUGAUGUCUGGCUCUUGUUACUGUCCUACCUUAAUUUUUGAGACAGAACCCCUUCAUUGAAACUGGAGUUUGAAGUUUGGGCUCCACAGAGAAGCCAGGACUUACCUAUUUCUGCUCACAGAGCUGGUGUUACUACAGACACGUGUAGUCAUAUUCAUUUUAAAGUUUUUUAAGGAAAAAAAUUUUUAUGAGUAUGGGUGUUUUGCUGGCAUGUGUGUUGGUAUGCCAUGUGAGUAACUUGGUGCCCAAGGAGGUCAGAGAGGGCAUCAGAACGCUGUCUGCUUCCGUGUGGGUCUGGGAAUUGAAACUGGGUCCUCCGUUAGCGUAGUCAGUACCGUCAAUUGUUAGUCAUGUCUUCAGCCCCACAGGCGGUUUCGUAUGUGGGUUCUGGGGAAUCCAAUCUUAGGUCUUUAUAUUUCUGUAGCAGGCAUUUUCUCCACCCCCCCUGGGGGGGGCUGGGGACCGAACCCAGGACCUUGCGCUUCCUAGGCAAGUGCUCUACCACUGAGCCAAAUCCCCAACCCCGGUAGAAGGCAUUUUAUCUACUGAACCAUCUCAAGCUGGAUAUAAGUAUUUUUAUAUAAUAAGGCUUACCUGUGUCACAUGACUUUUAUGGCUUUAUAAACAUCGUUCGAACUCUGAUUCAAUUGCACUGAGGACUUUUCUACUGUAAGAUAGCUGCAAGGGGCUUUCCCUGGUGUUCUGGGAUUAAUUCCUAGAUUUAAAUCCUUGGUUUCUUGGGCACUUAUUUUAAUGUACAGAAUUGAGGAAGAAAUUUAACUCACAUCCACGGGAUCUUCGUUAGAUGAUAAGAAGUGUUUGUUAGCCUGGUUACAGAGAUUGAAGUUUACUAGGGUUUGUCCCAGGCAGAAACUUGAAUACUUUGCAAGUUGUUUUUAUGUAAAACGUCAGGGAAAAUUUCCAGAUCCCUACUGUUAGAAACAAUUGGUUUUCUAAACCUGUUUUCAGAUUUGCCAGCAAAUUGCAGUUUCUAGCAGGAGUCUAACCCUCUGUCAGUUUUCAAAGCUGCAGGAUUAAAUCAGCACGCACUCCAGAAGUUUUGGGAAGGAAAAGGUAUUGUGUAAGCCAAGUCACCAGAAGUUCGUUUCCCAUGCUUUCAAGUGAGAGAACUCAAGCGUGUCGCUUGGUUGAUGUGCUGUGGGCCUUUGCUUUUCUUAUUUAUAUUUAUUUAUUUGUUUGUUUGUUCACUCACUCACUCACUCUGUGUGGACCUGGGCUCCAUAUUUUCUGCUGCUGGGAAGAAGACUAGAACCCAGGACUGCAGGACACAUCUGGGGUUGGUGAAGGCUGUUGUGUUGUGUACGGUGUCAUUCAGACCUACUUCCUAGUAAGCUGUUUUACCAUCAGCAUGGUAAGCGUGUAAAUGUGUAAAAGUGUUUUUAUGUUUUAAUUUCCUACAGUAAUUGUCAAUGCCUUUCAACUUUUGACACAUUUUUUUUCCCCCUCUGUCUCACUUUGGCAACCUGAGCAAAAGUUACCUCUGAGAGGAAGGAAAGAUGUGUAAAAUAAGCAGGCGGGAAGUGUGGCAGGUCCCUAGACAAUGCAUAUCUUCCGCACUAAUCGUGAUCGUCCCUAGCCCUGAGGUGUGUAACUGCUUGGCAUGGUGCUGAGCACAGGGCACUGGUGUGUGUGCUCACCCUUUCUAGUUUGCUGCUUGUCCUUUAAGAGGCCGAGAUACAAACAGGAGCCUGCUUUUUGAAAAUACCCAUUACCUGGAAACUUGAGAUAAGAAAAAUAGUUAUUAAAAGUGGAUAAUUAGCGAAAGAUCACCCUGAUUAGGGCCCUGGUUUUAUAAUGUAGGUCAUGGAGCCCGCGGCAGUGGGAGGGUCUAAGGUGUGACAGGUGCCCAGUCAUAUGCAGUGAGUGUGCACCUGGGGUUUCCUGUCUGUCGUCCCAACUGCAAUGAAACCAGCAUCCUCACCUGUCAUUGGUAUGGCAGCCACGCUCCCGAGUGCGCAUCAGUAGAGCUAACCCACCCGGACGCCGUGCCGUGUCCCAUGCCCUGAGGAUCUCACAAGACGAGAUGGAGACAGAAAGUGAGAAUGGCUCUGUGGGGGAUGACAGUGUGUUUUGGCUGGAUUCUGAAGGUACAACCCAGCUGACCGAUGGGGAAGAGGAAGAAAGGGAAGAGAGUUUCAGGAAGAUGAAGUCCUCAAUACAUUCUGAAGAGGAUGAUUUUGUUCCAGAGCUACAUAGAAAUGUUCACCCCCGAGAGCGGCCCGAUUGGGAGGAAACGCUUAGCGCAAUGGCAAGAGGAGCAGAUGUCCCGGAGAUCCCUGGAGAUCUCACGCUAAAGUCGUGUGGCAGCACAGCGAGCAUGAAGGUCAAGCAUGUGAAGAAGUCCACCCCCCCUGGACUGAUGGGCUGUGACAACAUUCACAGGUUACCCUUCACAAAGGGACACUUUCCAAAGAUGGCUGAAUGUGCACAUUUUCAUUAUGAGAACGUGGAGUUUGGCAGCAUACAGCUUUCACUAUCAGAAGAACAGAAUGAAAUAAUGAAAAACGGCUGUGAAUCUAAAGAGCUGGUCUACCUCGUGCAGAUUGCCUGUCAGGGCAAGAGUUGGAUUGUUAAAAGAAGUUACGAAGAUUUCCGGGUACUUGAUAAACAUCUUCAUCUCUGCAUUUAUGACCGACGGUUCUCCCAGCUCUCAGAGCUGCCCCGGUCUGACAUCCUGAAGGACAGUCCUGAGUCGGUUACCCAGAUGCUUGCGGCUUACCUGUCACGCCUCUCAACUAUCGCUGGCAACAAGAUCAACUGCGGGCCUGCCCUCACGUGGAUGGAGAUCGACAAUAAGGGAAACCAUCUUCUAGUUCACGAGGAGUCGUCCAUCAACACUCCCGCCGUUGGUGCUGCCCACGUUAUCAAGCGGUACACUGCUCGGGCCCCUGACGAACUGACCUUAGAGGUGGGAGACAUCGUUUCUGUUAUUGACAUGCCCCCCAAAGUGUUAAGUACGUGGUGGAGAGGCAAGCAUGGAUUUCAGGUGGGACUCUUCCCUGGUCAUUGCGUCGAGUUAAUUAACCAGAAAGUUCCUCAGUCAGUGACCAACUCAGUGCCAAAACCAGUGUCUAAAAAGCACGGCAAACUCAUUACCUUCUUGCGAACAUUCAUGAAGUCUCGCCCAACAAAGCAGAAGCUAAAGCAGCGGGGCAUCUUGAAAGAGAGAGUGUUUGGUUGUGACCUGGGGGAGCACCUUCUGAACUCUGGGUUUGAAGUGCCCCAGGUUCUCCAAAGCUGCACAGCGUUCAUCGAGAGGUAUGGCAUCGUGGAUGGGAUAUAUCGUCUCUCUGGCGUUGCCUCCAAUAUCCAGAGACUUCGUCAUGAAUUUGAUUCUGAGCAUGUCCCCGACCUGACGAAGGAACCCUAUGUUCAAGACAUCCAUUCUGUGGGCUCCCUCUGUAAGCUGUACUUCCGAGAACUCCCGAACCCUCUGCUCACCUACCAGCUGUACGAGAAGUUCUCUGAUGCUGUCUCUGCAGCAACAGAUGAAGAACGGUUGAUAAAAAUCCAUGACGUCAUCCAGCAACUCCCCCCACCACACUACAGAACCCUGGAGUUCCUGAUGAGACACCUGUCUCUUCUAGCAGACUAUUGCUCCAUCACAAAUAUGCAUGCAAAAAACCUUGCCAUCGUGUGGGCACCAAACCUGCUGAGAUCCAAGCAGAUAGAGUCGGCUUGCUUCAGUGGGACAGCGGCCUUCAUGGAAGUGAGAAUUCAGUCCGUGGUUGUUGAAUUCAUCCUCAAUCAUGUGGACGUGCUCUUCAGUGGCAAAAUCAGCGCUGUCAUGCAGGAAGGGGCAGCUUCUCUGACAAGGCCCAAGUCCCUGCUGGUCUCUUCUCCAUCUACCAAGUUGCUGACAUUGGAGGAAGCCCAGGCAAGAACGCAGGCUCAGGUCAAUUCUCCUAUUGUGACCGAAAAUAAGUACAUCGAAGUAGGAGAAGGGCCUGCUGCACUUCAAGGGAAGUUUCACACCAUCAUUGAGUUCCCACUUGAAAGGAAGAGGCCUCAGAAUAAGAUGAAAAAAUCUCCGGUUGGCAGCUGGCGUUCCUUUUUCAAUCUGGGGAAGUCCUCUUCUGUCUCCAAACGCAAAUUGCAGCGAAACGAGAGCGAGCCCUCGGAGAUGAAAGCCAUGGCUCUGAAAGGUGGCAGAGCAGAAGGAACCCUCCGCUCAGCUAAAAGUGAGGAGUCUCUUACUUCUCUCCAUGCAGUUGAUGGUGAUUCCAAGCUGUUCAGACCUAGAAGACCCAGGUCCAGCAGUGAUGCGCUCUCUGCCUCCUUCAAUGGAGAAGUGCUGGGGAACCGGUGCAAUUCCUAUGACAAUCUGCCCCACGACAAUGAGAGUGAGGAGGAAGUAGGGCUGCUCCACAUCCCAGCUCUCGUGUCUCCUCAUUCCGCUGAGGAUGUCGACUUGAGUCCACCAGACAUUGGAGUGGCCAGUCUGGACUUCGAUCCGAUGUCAUUUCAAUGUAGUCCUCCGAAGGCUGAGUCCGAGUGUCUGGAGAGUGGUGCUUCCUUCCUGGAUUCAUUAGGGUUCACCAGGGAUAAACUUGGUGCCAGCAAGAAGGAUGUGGAAGCAGGUGGGAGCCAGUCACAGACUCCAGGAAGCACCGCAAGUUCGGAACCCGUGUCCCCAGUCCAGGAGAAACUGAGUCCGUUUUUCACUCUGGACUUGAGCCCCACUGAGGACAAGUCUUCUAAGCCAUCUUCAUUUACAGAAAAGGUUGUUUAUGCUUUCUCUCCCAAGAUUGGACGGAAGCUAAGCAAAUCUCCUUCCAUGAACAUAUCUGAGCCCAUUUCUGUGACUCUUCCACCUCGGGUGUCGGAAGUCAUCGGCACCGUCUCCAACACUGUAUCUCAGAAUGCAUCACCUCCAUCUUGGGACAAAAGUGUGGAAGAAAGAGAUGUCAUAAAUAGAUCCCCCACCCAGCUAGGAAAGAUGAAACCAGGUGAGAGAGAGGCACAGGAGAGGUGUGAACCAGAAGCACAGCCCCAGGAGCAGGGGGCAGCUGAAGAAGUAGAGUUGCCAGGGACAGAGGAGCGGCCUGUCUCGAGCAGUCAGAGCAAGGCUGUACCUUCUGGACAGAGUCAGACAGGAGCAGUUACCCAUGACCCCCCUCAGGAUCCCGUUCCUGUCAGUUCAGUCUCUCUUAUCCCACCACCACCGCCUCCGAAAAAUGUGGCCCGAAUGUUGGCACUAGCAUUAGCUGAGUCUGCACAGCAAGCCUCAACGCAGACACUGAAGAGACCAGGGCCUUCCCAGGCUGGGUGCACUAGUUAUGGAGACAUGGCAGUCGCUACAUCUGAAGAGAAACUGCCUAGUUCCUACUCUAGCGUUACUCUAGAUAAAACCUAUUUCCAAACGGACCGACCAGCAGAGCAGUUCCACCUGCAGAUCAAUGGACUUGGAAAUUGUGACCAGCCUCUCCCAGAGACAGCAGCUAUGGGAGGUCCCACCCACCCCAACACAACUGACUCUGGGGAGCAACUCCACCAAGUAGACUUAAUAGGGAAUUCGCUACAUCGAAACCAUUUAUCUGGGGAUCCAGAAAAGGCUAGAAGCACUUCAGCUCCCUUAGCAGACUCAGAGAAGUCUGACGGUCAUGGAAGUUUCCCUGAAGACCACGCUGGGAAGACCAGCGUGUCCACUGUCUCCUUUGUGGGGCAGGGCCAGUCUCCACUUCAUUUCUCCAGUGGAGACCAGCCCCUCUCUUAUCUUGGUACCAGUAUGGAUAAACCCCACCAUUCCUCAGAACUUACAGAAAAAUCUCCCAUGCCUUCUACUUUGCCUAGGGACAAAGCCCACCCUCUUUCUGGGUCCCCUGAAGAGAAUACCAGCACAGCCACCAUGGCAUAUAUGAUGACAACUCCACCAAGAGCCGAAACGAGCACCAGAGAGGCCAGCAGGGCCAUGGCUGAACAGCCCACUGCUGCUGAUUUUGUGGCUGCCACCCUUCAGCGAGCGCACAGAACUAACCGGCCCCUCCCCCCACCUCCUUCCCAGAGGCCUACAGAGCAGCCACCAGGUGUGGGGCAGGUACAAGAAGCACCAAGUAUAGGAGUGAAUAAUUCCCACAAGCAGGUCCAGGGAGCAGCUCCAGCUCCAGAGAGGCCACCUGAGCCGCGAGCCAUGGCUGAUCCUGCACCCAUCUUUGUCAGUGAUGGCAGUGCUGCUGCCCAGUGUCCCAUGGCCAUCUCUGCUGCCCAGCCGGGACUGCCUGAGAAGGUUCGGGAAAGCAGCAGGGCCCCGCCACUCCACCUGCGUGCUGAGACAUUUCCUGGCCAUUCCUGUGGCUUUGCUGCCCCCGUCCCUCCAACACGGACAGUGGAAAGCAAGAUGGCUGCCGCCAUGCACUCCAGUGCGGCAGAAGCCAACAACAGUUCAAAUUACCACUCCUUUGUCCCUUCGUCAGCCUCCGCGGAUGAUGUGUUGCCUUUGCCACCCCCCAUCGCGCAGCCUAAGCAUGCUUCUCAGAAGAUAGCCUACUCCUCCUUUGCUAGGCCUGAUGUCACCACAGAGCCCUUUGGUCCAGAAAACUGUUUGCAUUUCAAUAUGACUCCAAACUGCCAGUUUCGCCCCCAGAGUGUACCUCCACACCACAACAAGUUGGAGCCACACCAGGUGUAUGGCACCCGAUCAGAGCCACCGGCAUCCAUGGGUCCUCGCUAUAACACCUACGUGGCACCGGGGAGAAGCAUGUCUGGACACCACUCCAAGCCGUGUAGCCGGGUGGAGUAUGUCUCUUCUCUGGGCUCCUCAGUUAGGAAUCCUUGUUGCCCUGAAGACAUUCUACCUUACCCUACCAUCCGGAGAGUACAAUCCCUCCACGCGCCCCCGCCUUCCAUGAUCCGCUCUGUUCCCAUUUCACGGACAGAAGUUCCCCCAGAUGAUGAACCAGCCUACUGCCCACGGCCAGUCUACCAGUAUAAGCCAUACCAGUCCUCCCAGGCCCGCUCAGAUUAUCACGUAACACAGCUUCAGCCUUACUUUGAGAAUGGACGGGUCCACUAUCGGUAUAGUCCGUACUCCAGCUCCUCGAGCUCCUAUUACAGUCCUGAUGGGGCCUUGUGUGACGUCGAUGCCUACGGCACGGUCCAACUGAGGCCCCUCCACCGCCUGUCCAAUCGGGAUUUUGCUUUCUACAAUCCAAGGCUGCAAGGAAAGAACGCGUACAAUUACGCCGCUUUGCCUCCACGCCCACGGGCCAGUGCAACUGGCUAUUUCUCCAGCAAUGACCAUAACGUGGUCAAUAUGCCCCCCACUGCUGAUGUAAAGCACACGUACACCUCGUGGGACCUUGAGGACAUGGAAAAAUACCGCAUGCAGUCCAUCCGCAGAGAGAGUCGAGCACGGCAGAAGGUGAAAGGGCCCAUCAUGUCUCAGUACGACAACAUGGCACCGGCUGUGCAGGACGACUUGGGAGGGAUCUACGUCAUCCAUCUACGCAGCAAAUCAGAUCCUGGGAAAACUGGACUUCUCUCUGUGGCAGAGGGGAAGGAGGGGCGGCACCCAGCCAAGGCCGUCAGCCCCGAGGGGGAUGAGCGUUUCUACAGGAAGCACCCAGAGUCCGAAUUUGACAGAGCCCACCAUCAUGGAGGGUAUGGCAGCCAACAGGUAGAAAAGCCAUCCCUCCCACAGAAGCAGAGCAGCCUUAGGAACAGAAAGCUUCACGAUAUGGGUUGUAGCCUCCCAGAGCACAGGGCGCACCAGGAAGCAAGCCAUAGGCAGUUAUGUGAGUCAAAAAAUGGACCACCAUAUCCCCAGGGAGCUGGCCAGUUAGAUUAUGGGUCCAAAGGGAUGCCAGACGCCUCUGAGCCAAACAGUUACCAUAACUCUGGGAAAUAUGUCACGUCAGGGCAGGAGUCUCUAAGACUGAACCACAAGGAAGUGAGGCUUUCCAAAGACGUGGACAGGCCUCGAGCCAGGCAGCCACCGGCCCCCGAGAAACACUCCAGAGACUGCUACAAGGAGGAGGAGCACUUCACUCAGUCUGUAGUCCCACCCCCCAAGCCAGAGAGGAGUCACAGCCUCAAACUCCACCAUACCCAGAACCUGGAGAGGGACCCCAGCAUGCUGUACCCGUAUCAGACACACAGCAAGCGCCAGAGCAGUGUGACUGUCGUGUCCCAGUACGAUAACCUGGAGGAUUACCACUCCCUGCCCCAGCACCAGCGAGGAGGCUUUGGAGGGGGAGGCAUGGGUGCCUAUGUGCCCUCUGGCUUUGUCCAUCCACAGAGCAGGACAUACGCCACAGCGUUGGGUCAGGGGGCCUUCCUGCCUACAGAGCUGUCCUUGCCACAUCCUGACACGCAGAUCCAUGCAGAAUGAGCCCCGGGAGCAAUAGAGUUGAAGCAGCCUCUGCUGGACAGUGGACUGUUCUAUUUUUUUUUCAAUAACCAAAAAGAUUUAAUGAAAAAAAAAAGCUACAAACCCCCUGGCCACACGAAAGAAGCAUAAUAAAAAUAAAUCACCACCUUC